AUGAAACAUGGAAUGAUGUUGAAAUCGCUGUUUCUGGUUACAAUCUUUUUCUUAAGGACGGAAAGUCUAACAUUCAGUCAAGGUCCUAUGCUGGCGGUGAAGUUAUUAUUUAUGCUUGUGAUGGUCCAUAGGGGAAAUGGAGACAUGAUUUGGAAUCAGAUGAAUAAGAACAAAUAUGUCUCAAACUUAAGCAACACCGAUGCACUUCCUUCUUUCUGUCUUGUUUGUAUCAUCCACCAAAUACCAGUGCUGCUUUUUUUGAAGGCCCUAUGCAGUUUAGUUGAGUGCAUUUCUGCUGAUGCUAAAGAAACACAUUUUGUUGAGGGUUUUAACAUUGAUCUGCUGCUGCAAAACAACUCCAACUCAAGAUGCUUGAAACAUUUGAUGGAAAAUUUUAGUCUACAUCAGAUGAUUGAUAAACCAACGCAUGUUGCCGAAUAA